AAUAUUUUUACACAGAAACAAUUGAAGGAAGCUAAAUCUCUGCUGGGAAAAGUGUCUUGGUUAAUGAGUUUAUUAGGAAUUUGGCCGGUUGAAAAAACGCGCUUUCAACGGAUAAAGUUCAAAGUUUACGUGGCUUAUGUAACUCUUCAUCUCGCGAUGACAGUUAAUAAUUUAGUCGCUAAUUUUAGCAACGUAAAACUAGUAACUAUUAUUAUUCAACAACUGAUGGGUAUCGGUAUGACAUUCAACCGCUUAUUAUUUAUCAAUUACUCCUCUAAUGUCAGUGAAAUAAUAAAAACCACCAAAGAAGAAAUUGCAUAUGCAGCUUUGACCGAUAUUACUGAAAAAAAAAUUUUUAUUAAGCUUCACAAAGCAGCUUCACUCUACUAUCAUAUUACUAUCAAGUUCAUGGUUUUUACAUCAUUAUAUUAUUACUCGCUGCCUCUAAUUAAAAAUUUGGAUUUAAAAGAAUAUUCUAAGGCGUCAAAUGUGAUGGUUCAAAAAAUAAUAAAAGUAUUUUUCUUCAACAGUUCAUCCCUUAAAAGAACCUUCUUUUUACACAUUUACGAACUUCCCGCGUUAUUCAUGCAACCAAACUUCUGCGCUUCGGUAAAUAUGCAAGUGAUAAUUGUCAUGAACCUCGCGGCGCAAAUGGCAAUACUUGGGCAAAGAAUUAAAAAUUUGGAUUUAAAAGAAUAUUCUAAGGCGUCAAAUGUGAUGGUUCAAAAAAUAGUUAUCAGACACAUGGAAUUGACCAAAUUGGCUAAGAAAAUUGAAAAUACUUGGACACCUAUUUAUUGCAUAGAGCUUGGAUUUUACAUGCCUCUCACAUCAUUGGUUAUUUACAAUGCUAUGAAUAUGUUUAAUAACAAUCAAAAAUUAUUGGCCGUGCCUUACUACAUCUAUAUCAUCGUAACGUUAUCAAGUCUUUUUGGACACUGUCUCAUGGGAGAGUUAGUGAAAACCCAAAGCGAAAACCUUUUGGACGCCUACUACAAUUCCAAUUGGUGCGAAAUGCCGAUAAAAUACAAAAAAAGUAUUCUGAUUUGUAUGACUUACACCAAAAUUGCGCUAAAUAUAACCGCUGGUAAAUUUUUCGUGUACUCGUUGAGCGCAUUCACAGGCAUCCUGAAGUCAAUUAUGGCAUAUGUGUCUCUUUUACGAGAAGUAAUGUAAUCGAGAAUAUUCGACAUUGUUGACUGUUUUUAUAAACACUUUGGAAAAACCUGCAGUAGGCAAUACAGUAGCAUUUUUUUUUGAUUAGUCAAAAAUGGAAAUAGAAUUUUUCAUAAAAAAAAUAUUCAAUUGUUUCUAGAGAAUAAUUUUGAAAAUUAAUCCACAUUUUUUCUUUAAAAAAUUUAUGUGGAAAAUUUUUUAUAUGAGAUUUAAUAAAAU